UGUUUGUCCUGCCAGUAAACCCAACCUUUGGGACUAUGUACACUUCUUUGUAAAUUCUUUGGAAACAGGGGUCAAUUAUAUUCCUCUAUAAAAUAGACAAGACAGCUGGGAGACAAGGGAGAGGGAAGGUGUUUUUUGUUCACUUUCUCAGUCCAAGACAGGACUACAAAAGAGCUGAAGACAUGGCGGUGAGGAGGAUUCUAUUUCUUUUGGCUGAUUUAUUGCUCCUAAAUGCUCAACUCUGCACAGAAAUCCCUAAUCCUGGGCUUCUAAAACAGAUUGAUGCCGGCAAUGGCCUUGUGGUUGGCCUGGAGCCUACUGGCAAUGUAUUUAUGUUGAAUGGAGAAGACUGGCUUUAUUUGGCAGGAGGGAUGCAGCAUGUGUCCGUUGGCAUUAGUGGUAUAUGGAUGGUUGAUUAUGACAAGCACAUCUAUCGUCUUCUAGGAAGCAAUUUGGAAAAAGUAUCAGAAUCCUUUGAACAGAUCAAUGCAGGUGGAAAUCUCUUCGUGGCUGGUGUUAAGUCAGGCAAUCAUCUCAUGUGUCUUUCAAGUUCUGAGUUCCUUGCAAUGAAGCCUAGCUCCUCAGUAACCUGGACUGAUAUGAGUGGAACUAUGAAAUCCUUGAGCUGUGGUUUGCAAGGCUGCUGGGGUGUGAACACUGCAGGCAGUGUCUAUUUUCGUACUGGCGUCGAGCCACAGAGAUGCCAGGGAACCCGCUGGGAAUAUGUUCCUAGUACAUUCUCCAUGAUUGAUGUUGGAAGUGAUGGAAAGGUCUAUGGAAUGAAGAAAGGAGGGGAUGUCUUCUACAGGGAUGGGAUCACAGACAGCAAAGCUUCAGGUACCAGAUGGACUAAAGUCAACAACAUCAAUGCCCGUGCCAAGCAUUUGACGUAUGAUGCGAAUAUUCUAUGGCUGAUCACCCAGGAUGACAAAAUUCUACAAUGCCAAAUGUAGAUCUACAUUGCUCUGUAUUGUUUUGCCUUUCACAAAUUUGACUCCAAAGUGACUGGGAUUUUGUAAGCAUUUCUUUUAAAAUGUAAUAAAAAUGUUUGAAAGAUU